AGGUGGGAAUUUUAUGCCCAGACUUUCUUGAUCUACCUCUCGGGUGUGAUCGUCAACACCACCUUCCGGGUCAUGUUCUCGGAAAUGGUGCCCUCGCGCAACGAAGUCCGCUGGUUCAGUCUGCAGUACAUCCUCUCCAGCUCAACGGUCUGGAUCAACUACGUCGCUUCGGCCCCACUUCAAAACGCCACCCACGAGCUUCGCUUCCCACUUGUCCUCAGCCUGGUGUUUGUGUUCUUCGCCUGUGUGAUGGAGGUCUGUCGGCAGUACGUUUCAUUCUUCAAGCGGGACCGGGAGAGAUGGUUGGCGUACGAUCAGCGUGUAGGGUAUGCAGAAGAGCGCGAUGGAGGGAGUCACAGCGAAUACGCUAGCACCGAGGACGAUGGAGAUGCAAGGCAUUUGGUCGUUUUGCCGGCCAAGAUGUAG